AUGGGGGAAGAACAAGCCAGCGGUAUGAACACACCUGCAGACACCGCGCCUAAGGUUGUAACACCUUCAAUUGCAAUUCCCAAACCCAAGCUGCCGCUGCCUGCAAUGCGCACACCCACUACCUCGACCGACACACCUCGCGAAUGGAAUACCUCCAAGCUCGGUCUACGCAUCGGCGUCGACGUCCUCUCAGCAGGUGCAGCAGGGACACUCGUCGCACCCAUCAUAACCAUGAUCGAUAAAGGCAUAAUCGAAAACGCAAGUGGCAGGAACACAUUGGGCGUCAGUCUGAAGAAGAGUGCUGUGGAGUUACUAGCAAGACCCCACCACUUUGUGGGAAGCAAGCCCUUCAUUCUCAUCUUCAGUCUGUAUUUCGGAACCUACUUUACGGCGAACAGUAUCGAUACAGCUUCUGCGACCGUAAAGCCUACACAAGGGUUACAGGAGCAGACGAGCGGGACGAGCAAGUUUCUAGCUACGAGUACAACAAAUCUAGCGUUGUGUCUGUACAAGGACAACCAGUUUACGCGGCUUUUUGCUGCGCCGGGAUCGUCUCCACGGCCUGUUCCAUUGCCGACCUUUGCGCUUUUUACAGUUCGCGAUUGUCUUACUAUUUUUGCUUCUUUCAACUUGCCGCCCUUGCUCGCGCCGAAGGUAGACGAGCGCAUGGGCGAGGAAGUAAAGAAGUAUGUUGGAGCGCUGAGCGUUGCGCAGUUUGUUACGCCUGCUGCUGUUCAGCUUGUGAGCACGCCUUUGCAUUUGCUGGGUCUCGAUCUGUACAAUAGGCCUGAUGCUGCGGUGGGUGGUGUUGAUGGAAGAGCGGGUCGCGUUGUGAGGGAUUGGGCCAAGAGUGCUGCAGCAAGAAUAUGUCGUAUUGUACCUGCGUUUGGUGUUGGGGGUGUGGUUAACACCAAGGUACGAAAGAACAUGAUGCGAAGGCUUGAAGAGUAG